CGUGUUUGCUGGGGGAACAAAAUAUCUGGAAGUGACUGUGAAGUGUCAUGUCGUCUCCGGCAGUUCUAGGCUGACUUUUACCUCCCCCCCCCCCCUCCUCUCUCUGUGUAAACUGGAGCCGCGGUGCAGGGCGGAGAGGAGUGACUGGGACAGACGGACAGAGAGCGGCAAUCACAGUCGACUCUAUACUAUUUGAAACUACAUUGCGUUUAUCAGCGUCAGAGAUGACAGGGGGCUGCAUGUGGACGACUGGGCUGGUUCUUCUCGCAGUCUGUGUGAAGGUUGCUGUAUGGGCCAGUGACGGGGGUGCAGUGUUCAUCAGAGAAUACACUCUGAUUAGACGAGACCACCUUCCAGAAGAGCCUCUCCAUGAUGUCAGCCAAAAACCAGAAGACCCUAAUUCUCGGACGGCCCGAUCAGAAGAGGACAGAGACACUCUGUGGGAUGCCUGGGGCUCAUGGAGUGAAUGUUCCCGUACCUGUGGAGGAGGCGCCUCAUACUCCCUCAGACGAUGCCUUAGUUCCAAGACCUGCGAAGGGCAGAAUAUCAAAUAUCGCACAUGCAGUAAUGUGGACUGCCCUCCAGAUGCUGGUGAUUUCCGUGCCCAGCAGUGUUCCGCUCAUGCAGACGUGCAUUACCAGGGUCAGUACCAUGAGUGGCUGCCUGUGUACAAUGACCCGGAAAACCCCUGCACUCUCAAGUGCAAAGCCAAGGGCUUGGGCCUUGUGGUGGAGCUGGCACCAAAGGUGCUGGAUGGGACCCGCUGUUACACCGAGUCCUUGGACAUGUGUAUCAGUGGAGUCUGCCAGAUUGUAGGUUGCGAUCAUGAGUUGGGGAGCACAGUAAAGGAGGACAACUGCGGUGUCUGCAAUGGAGAUGGCUCCUCCUGCAGACUGGUGCGAGGACACUACAAAUCCCAGCAUGCUUCAGGAAAAACUGAGGACACAAUUGUUGUCAUCCCCUAUAAGAGUCGCCAUGUACGUCUAGUCCUGAAAGGCCCGGAUCACUUGUAUGUGGAAAGUAAGACACUGGAAGGGGUAAAAGAUGAACUGGUCUUGGAUAAAACAGGGCAGUACCACCUGGAAAACACCACCUUGGACUUUCAGAAACUUUCAGAUAAGGAGGUCCUGAGAAUCACUGGCCCACUUGGAGCUGACCUCACAGUCAAAGUGCAGUUUGCCAGUGGAGCAGACAGUGUGGUCCAGUACAUAUACUACCAGCCCAUCAUCCACCGUUGGAGAGAGACCGACUUCUUCCCUUGCUCCGUCACGUGUGGUGGAGGGUACCAGCUAACCUCAGCAGAGUGCUUUGAUCUUCGGAGCGGCCGGGUGGUGGUGGAUCAGUAUUGCCAUUAUUACCCAGAGAACGUCAAGCCUAAACCCAAACUCCAGGAGUGCAACAUGGAGCCCUGCCUGGCCAGUGACGGCUACAAGCAAAUUAUGCCAUAUGACCUCUACCACCCCCUGCCCCGAUGGGAGAGCAGUCCCUGGACCGCCUGCUCCACCUCAUGUGGCGGAGGCAUCCAGAGUCGCUCCGUAUCCUGUGUGGAGGAAGACAUGCAAGGUGUCAUCACUCUCACUGAGGAAUGGAAAUGUCUCUACUCCCCCAAGACGGCUAUCCUGCAGCCCUGCAACACCUUCGACUGCCCCACUUGGCUGGCACAGGAAUGGUCACCUUGCACAGUGACCUGUGGUCAGGGUCUGCGCUACAGGGUGGUGUUAUGCAUCGAUCACAGAGGACUCCAUGCUGGAGGUUGUAACCCCACCACCAAACCCCAUAUCAAAGAGGAGUGCCUGGUGACCGUGCCCUGUUAUAAGUCCAUAGAUACGCUCCCAGUUGAGGCAAAACCUGUGUGGCAUAAGCAGGCCAUAGAGCUGGAGGAGGAGAUAAGUGUUACUGAGGAACCAACGUGAGUGCUGGACACGUGCAUGCGUGCAUAAAUAAGGAUAUUAAUUUGAUCACAGUGAUUUCAAAAUAUGUCUAUUUGUUGCUUUCUUCUAUUGAAAGCAGUAGGAGCUGAAGUUCAAACUUGUAAUUCUACUUAUAUUUACUGGCACUCCACACUACAACCAUAUACAUGCAAUUUACUGCCAGAGGUGAAGGUUCUGUUGAAACCAUCACAGGUGCUAGGGCUACAAAUAAGUUAGGAGGAUGCAACUGCUGAAGUUAUAAAUCUCAAGCUUCAUGGGAUAUUAGGAUUUAUCUUGAGUUGUAACUGAAGUAGACGGGGCCCGGUGCUGCCAUGAAACCUCAUGUCAACAGCAAUUUACGACAGCUUGGAGUCAAAAUGUACACCAGUAGCCCCCAUUUUUUUGACACUUCACUUCAAGAUAUGCACCAGUUUGAGUGCAUGUCUUUUUGUACACCUGCCAAAUGUUUGUCUGAAGGUUUUGUCAAGACAAGUAAAGAAGA